AGUAAAAUGAAAACAGAAUUAAAUCCGUUCGCUAAAUUUUUAUUGCGUUAUAACGAUACAGCACCCGUCACUUUGAAUUAUGCAAAUGAAUCAGAUAAGCAGAUAUAUCCUCAACAUUAUCAAUCAUAUAAUUUAAUAACAAAAGACAAAUUAUUUAUUCUAGAAUCCAUACUAUUUGGUUACAUAAGCCCCUGGAUAAUAUUUUUAACAUUUUUUGCCAACUCCCUCAUAGUAAUCAUACUAAUCAAAGGCAAAAAAAUAUGCAGGCUUAAGCCCAUAGAACUUAUUCUCAUCGCAUUAGCAAUUUAUUCAUUUUUAUUGGCUCUUUCACCCCUCCCCUGGUAUUUGUACUUUUUUCUAACCGGUGGCUACAGAAAAACUAAUUUAUAUGGGUGUUACUUGUUUCAUUAUGGAGUGCAAGGGUUUCCUUCGAUGUUUCACACAAUGACUAUAUUAAGUACAUCGUUUUUAGCCUAUCAAAGAUACUCGGGAUUAUAUCUAAACAAGUAUGCUGUUUCGUGUGAUACGAGGCAUGGUACAUGCAGUGCAUUACUUUUUAUCGUUAUAUUUAGUAUACUUUUUCAUGCCGUAGGCUUGUUUGGAUACAACAUUGACAUUGAAAUAUCUAUUCAACUUAAUGUUAGUGAAGAUAAUCCUUACAUAAAUUAUUACUGCACGCGGAAUAUGAAUCCAUGGUUUGAAAAAAACCACGUCAUAUAUGAAAACUUAAAAAAUAUUUUGAGGAGCAUAUUGAUAGAUAUGAUCCCGUUCAUACUCAUGACAACGUGUAACUAUUAUCUAAUAAAGGCUAUUCAAAAGGGUAAGAAAAAUGUAAAACUUUUGACAGAAAUCAGGAAUCGCAGAAACUCUAUGAAAGCUAAGGAUUUAACCCGAUCCACAAGAAUGCUGAUAGUUGUGUUAUGCUUAUACAUAUAUCAAAUCAAGAUUUAAUUGGUCUUAAAAGUUGGAACAUUUUUAUGUCCCUUAGAAAUUUUUUGGUCAUCCUUAGCACUCCAGCUAAUUUUUUCGUAUAUUGCAG